AUGGAAAGUUAAAUUGAAACAUAUACUCUAACUGAUCUUACUAGUAUUCCUGAACCUUAAAUCCCUUCAUUGUGUGAAGUUUGGAAUUGGCAAGGUGAUACCAGCUGGACAGAAGUCUUGAAUGCAACUGCUGGUUAGGAAGAAGCAUAUGAUACUAAAUACUUGAAGGCAAAUUACAUUUCCUCUUCCAAAUUUAAUCCUGAUGCAUUUUUCUUUCUUACAUAUAGAUCUCAUGCAAUAGGUCUAUGCUUGGCCUGGCCUGCUGCUGAAAAUGAAUUUGAAAUAAAACACCUAACAAGCGUGCCCUCACACAGAAAUAAAGGAGUUGAAGAGGCAUUAAUCAGUUUGGUCCUUGGCUAUAUCAAGGAACAAGGUGGAACAAAAGUUGUGGUAAAGCUAGAUGAGCCAAAACUUAAAGACUUUUAAAAGAGUGUAAUAGUCCCAAUACUGGGAAAAUUUGGUUUUUCAAAUUGA